AUGAAGGGUCUGGAGCACAAGUCCUACAAGAAGCAGAUGAGGGAGAUGGAGGUGUAUAGCCUGGAGCAAAGGAGGCUCAGGGGGGACCUUGUUGCUCUUUACAACUACCUGCAAGUGAAAAGGCAAAGUCUGAAAGUUCAGAUCAAUGCUACAGAUGACACCGUUUGCAUGAGGUAUCUUCGACCAAGUCAAAACACCAAAUUAGAAGGUUUUGUCCUGGGUUAUGGAAGCAACUUCUUUUCUAAUCAAUACAUUCCUUUACCUUCGGAAGGAAAAAACUAUGUAACAGAACUUGAUGCAGAGCCACGGUAUUUGGUUUCAGUAAGACCAGCACGUGUUUCAAAUAAUAAGAAAUCUUGUUCAGGUCGGACCAAGACACAAAAGCCUCUGCAGCUGGUAGUUGGCACUCUCACCCCAACCUCUGUAUUUCUCUCUUGGGGCAUCCUAGUCAACCCUCAACAUGACUGGACAUCAACAAGUAACUGUGCUAGUGACAGGUUCUAUACAGUUCGCUACAGAGAAAAAGGUAAAGACAAGAAAUGGGUUUUUCAGCUCUGCCCAGUUACAGAAACAGUGGUUGACAAUUUGAAGCCAAACACAAUUUAUGAAUUUGGAGUUAAAGACAAUGUAGAGGAUAGUAUUUGGAGCAAGACUUUCAAUCACAAGACAGUUCUCUCAAAUAAAAAAGUAAAUGGACAACUCCAGAAUAUGUACAAGUUGGUACCCAAUUCCCAAACACAGGUACGCAAAACAUUGGUCCCUGUCACAAUAAUCAAACAAGUUAUUCAAAAUCGGACGCAGUCAAAAACACCAGAUAGUUCUUCUCUCCCAGGAGCAAUAUUAGUGCACCUUAUUGUUCCAGGUCUCAAUGAGAGUCAGCAGAAACUUCCGCCUCUCCUGACGAUAGAUGACAUACCUCAAGCAUCCAAGAAAAAAAUGGCUAAGAAUGAAACUGGAGUAUGGCCUGCUGAAUCCAAAACACCAGAAGUUCAAGAAAUAUCCCCAGAGUCUCUUCCAGUCUUGGAACCUAUUACACUUAGAAUUGAACCACCAAGGUCAACCAUAGCUCCCAAGGAGACUCAACGUGUUCCCUCUAAACCUAAAAGUACACGCAAACCUCAUAUCCCACAAGCCAAAGAUGUCCUGGAAUCUAUAACACUUAAAACUGAUCAGCUAAAACCAACAAUAGGUCCAAAAGAACCAGAGCGUUUUCCCUCCAAACCUAGAACAUCACCAAGUUCAGAGGUGCCACAAACAAAACCUGCUCCUAAAGACACACGUCAUGGGCCUUCCAAACCAAAAACAUCGCCCAGUCCACGUGUUCCUCCAACUAGAGCAAGUCCAAAAGAUAGUCGUCGAGUCCCUUCCAAGCCCAGGGCAUCACCAAGUCCAGAUGUGCCACACACAAAACCUGUUUUGGCACCUAGUACUUUUACAGUUGAACCACAAAAGACAGCAACAGCUCCAACUGAAAAACAGUUCAUUCAUACCAAACCAAAAACACCUGGAAAACCAAGAGUGCCACACACCAAACCUGCUCCAAAAGAAACACUACUCAUUCCUUCCAAACCCAAAACAUCUGUCGGGCCAGAAGUACCACAAACUAAACCUGUUCCCAAUGAAACAUACCACAUUUCGCCCAAGCCCAAAACUGCUCAAGUAACUGAAAUUCCAUGGUUCAAUACAGCUCUCAGUAAAACCACGCUAGCACCAGCCAGAACAAAAGCACCUGGACUGCCAAAGUGGAUUGUGCCACCAACAGCUGACGUAUAUACAUCUGAGGAUAUUGGCAGAAAAAUUGGUGUGGAUGUAGGAAAACCUUUGGAAUAUAUUGAUACCUGGGAAAAGCCAAUUUCAGUAACUACAUCACCUGGCCCUCAGCACCCUCCUAUACUUCCUGCCAAGCCUACACAAAUGAGAAGAAAACCUCUACCACCAAACACCGUGACUGGUAAACCAGGGAGUCCAGCUAAGCCUGCUGGACCAACACCACCUGUGAGAACAGGAACAUCAUACAAGGCACCAACAGCUUUUGCAACUCCAGAGUAUUAUGUUGAUGCAACUGUCUUCAGCUCAAGUCCUACAUCAGAAACAGAUUCUUCAGGCAAACCAAGAUACCAAGCCCCCCAUGUCAGGUACAUGACAAAAGACAGUGACGUGCCCUGCUCUAUCACAAGCUCUCUUGAACAUUUUCCUCAAGAAGAAGCUAGCACCAAGGAAGAACCCACUCGUCCUCCACAAAAUCCUCCAACCAACCUCACAGUGGUGACUGUUGAGGGCUGCCCAACUUUUGUCAUAUUGGACUGGGAAAAACCUGACAAUGACACUGUUACUGAGUAUGAGGUUGUGUCAACUGAAAAUGGUGGACGUGAGGGUGAAAAGGAGAAAUCAAUUAUCACUACAAAUCAAACCCAUUCUACUGUGGAAAACCUAAAACCUGACACAAG